GCGGGAGGCAGCUGCUCCGUACAGACAGAGCUCGCUUUGCCGGGCUGCUGAGGUGGGACCUGCAGGAAGCCCAACAUGUCGGAGCGCCGAGUGCCCUUCACCUUCCUUCGCGGCCCCAGCUGGGACCCCUUCCGGGACUGGUACCAGGGCAGCCGCCUCUUUGACCAGUCCUUCGGGAUGCCUCACAUCCCCGAGGACUGGUACAAGUGGCCCAGUGGCACCAGCUGGCCAGGCUACUUCCGCUUCAUGCCCAGCCAAGCUGCUGCACCCAUGGUCGCCGCUGCUGCCAGCCCUAUCAUCACCUCGCCCACUGCCAGCAGCAUUGACUACAGUCAGGCCCUGAGCCGCCAGCUCAGCCGUGGCAUCUCGGAGAUCCGGCAGACCUCAGAGAGCUGGAAGGUCACCCUAGAUGUCAACCAUUUUGCCCCAGAGGAGCUGGUGGUGAAGACCAAGGAUGGCAUUGUAGAGAUCACUGGCAAGCAUGAAGAGAAGCAGGAUGAGCAUGGGUUCAUCUCCAGGUGCUUCACCAGGAAAUACACCUUGCCCCCUGGCAUUGAUGCCACAUCAGUCCGCUCCUCACUGUCCCCAGACGGCAUGCUGACAGUGGAAGCUCCUCUGCCCAAGCCAGCCAUCCAGUCUGCUGAGAUCACAAUUCCAGUCACCUUUGAAAGCCAUGCCCAGAUAGCUCCAUCUGAGGCCAAGAAGUCAGAGGAGGCAGCCAAGAAAUAACCAGCAUCUUGGCCUGAAGUAAAACUACUGCCCAGCUGUUACAACACGCUCCAAAACAACUUCUUUUCUUUCCUUUUUUAUUUUAUACCAGCACGUGCACUGAGUUUCUCAAAUAAAUUGAAAAAAAUAAAAUAAGCCAAGCACCAAG